CAGGAACAUUUGAUGAUCUUUUCAUGUUGUUUGGGAGAGGAAAAAAAAAAAAAAAAAAAACAGUGCUUCCCUUAACUCUGUUCAGGGCACUUUCAAAUGACUAGACAAAAUAUUUCAUAAAUGAAUGUACCAAGUGUGUCCUGGAAUAACACUGGAGCACUUGACAAACACAAGGACACUCAGAGUCAUUCUACUGUAUAUCAAGCUGAUCUUUUCCAGUAAGUAUAACUGCUGUCUGCUGCUCACAACCUCUGACUGGAUGUUGUAGUGUUUGGAAAUGACCUAGACAUGACUGGCUUUAUGCAAGCAGUCAGCGUGAAGAGGUUUUAUCUGUCUGCCGGGAAUCCAAACACUUCUGAGGAACAACUAGGCAAUGGAUUUGAGGGUCGAAGUGACAUAUUUCAAAGCUACAGUAUCAGCCCAUAUGGCAUGUUGUAAUAGUAAGGGAAAAAAAAAAUCUCCAUUUGAUGUUUUGACAAAAUGGAUCUAAAAACAAACAACAGACAGAUGGACAGAUGGAGCGAUAGAAUGAUGGAUGGAUGGACAGAUGGAUGGACGGAUGGAUGGACGGACGGAUGGAGGACAGACAAAAAAAAAAUGGAUGGAUGGAAUGAUGGACGGACACAAAAAAAAACAGACAGAAUGACAGAUGGAUGGAUAGAACGAUGGGUCGAUGUAUGGAGCGAUAGAAUGAUGGAUGGAUAGACAGACAUACGGAUGGAUAAACAGAUGGACAGAAAGACUGAUGAAUGGAUAGAAUGAUGGAUGAUGGAUUGGUGGAUGGAUGGACAAAAAAAAACAGAAUGAUGGAUGGAUGGAUGGAUGGAUGGAUGGAUAAAAAACAGAAUGAUGGAUGGAUGGACAAAAAACAGAAAGAUGGAUGGAGCAAUAGAAUGAAGGAUGGAUGGAUGGAUAGAGCGAUAGAAUGAUGGGAUUAAUGGAUGGACGGAUAGGCAGAUGGACAGAAAGACUGAUGGAUGGAUGUAAUGAUAGAAUGAUGGAUGAUGGAGCAACAAGAUGGAUGGAUAGAGCGAUAGAAUGAUGGAUGGAUUGCUGGAUGGACGGACAGACGAAUGUACAGAUGGACAGAAAGACUGAUGGAUGGAUGGAUGGAUGGAUGAAUGAAUGAAUGGAUAGAAUGAUGGAUGAGCAACAGGAUGGAUGGAUGGAUGGAUGGACAGAUGGAUGGACAAAAAACAGAAUGAUGGAUGGAUGAUGGACUGAUGGAUGGGCGGAUGAAGAGAAAAACAGAAUGACAGAUGGAUGGACAGAUGAUGGAACAAAAGAAUGAUGGAUGGAUAGAUGGACAGACAGAAAGACUGAUGGAUGAAUACAAUGAUGGAUGGAUGGAUGGAUGGAUGGAUAGAAAGACUGAUGAUGGAUACAACAAUGGAUGAUGAAUUGGUGGAUGGAUGGAGCAACAGGAUGGAUGGAUGGACAAAAAAAACAGAAUGAUGGAUUGAUAGAUAGAUGGACGGACGGACAGACGAAUUAGAAAAACAGAAUGAUAGAUGGAUGGAUGGAUGAUGGAGCAAAAGAAUAAUGGAUGAUGGAUGGAUGGAGUAAUACAAUUAUGGAUGGAAGGAUGGAUGGACAGAAAAAUUGAUGGAUGGAAGGAGCGACAGAAUGACGGAUGGACCAGUAGACUGAUGGAUGAAUGGAUGGACGGAUGGGUGGAUGGAUGGAGCGAUAGAAUGAUGGGGUUGAUGGAUGGAUGGUCGGACAGACAGAUGGACAGAGAGACUGAUGGAUGGAUGUAAUAACAGAAUGAUGGAGCAACAAGAUGGAUGGAGCGAUAGAAUGAUGGACGGAUGGACAGAAAGACUGAUGGGUGGAUGGAUGGAUGGAUAGAAUGAUGGUUGAUGGAUUGGUGGAUGGAUGGAACAACAGGACGAAAGGAUGGAUGGACAAAAAAUGGACAGAAUGACGGAUGAUGAGCAAAAGAAUGAUGGAUGGAGCUAUAGAACAAUGCAUGGAUGGAUAAUGGAUGGAUGAACAGAAAAACAAAACAAUGGAGCAACAGAAUGAUUGAUGGAUGGAUAAACAGUACAACAGAUGGAUGGAUGGACGGAUAGGAAAAAAAGAUAGAAUGAUGGAUGGAUUGAUGGAUGGUUAAAUAAAUAAACAAAGGAAUGGUUGUCACUUGGCAACCACAAUGAAAAAUGGUGCAAUUUUUUUUUGAAAUCACAUUAGUGCAGUUCCACUGGUACAGUGCUGAAAUAUGGCAACAUUCAUAUUUUCUAAAUAUUUAUGAAACUGUGAUAGAUAAAGCGCAUCAGUUAUCAACAUCUAAUUAACCUUAAAGGAUGCAGAGGACGACUCUUUUCUUUCCAACAGAGCAUGAUGCGGUUAAUGCAUUUUGGGUUUUUUAAGCUGAGAAUAAAAUAAUACAGGGUUUUGACAAGAAAUGUAUUGACAAGUUAACAAAAUAUCCUAGAGCACACCUGCAUAUAUGGCAUGUAAACACUACAAACAAGUGAUUGGCCAUUUUACAAGUUGGUCAGACAGUCACUUCCUGUCUCAGUGGGCGGUUCGAAGGCAUAAUAAGCUGUAAUGUACCUCAUAUAUUUAUUAUUUAGUGUCCUGAUUAUCAGCAUAUUGAGAACCUCCUAAACCAGCACUUAAACCCGCUUCAUCUCCAGCCCUUCAGCGAUAGAUUUUCACUGAUAUCACUGAAUAAACUUUGAUUUUCCUAGAAAAACAACAACAAUAAUACAUGCCUAGACUUGACACAAAAUCAGAUGACAGUAGAGUCAGGUCUCGAUGUCUGUACGGUCAUGGGUGUGAAGCAGGAAUUACUACAUGUCAACAGCACUUGUGUAACGCCGGUCCGCCUGUACGUACACGUCCCAGAGCAAAAGACUGCCGUCAUUACAAAGCUGGAAGGGAUUUAGCAAAGCCCACAGGGAACAGGAAAUCAGCAGGAGACACAAUGACAUGAGAUUAGUAACGAGUGAAGCCCCUACAACGUGACGUGGACGCGACAGAAACCAGCCGUGCCCAUCCCUGCUUUCACAGGAACAUGACAGUCAGAGGCAAACGGCUCAGGUGAACUUCCUCAGUAUCUGAAAUUGCAAUUCACAGAAGUUACGUUGUCAGGUGUGACAUCAGCACAGACCAAACAAACGCCGAGCUUUAGGGAGUAGACAAAGGUCAGACUCCAUUGGCACCUGUGGAGCUUCACCUGUUUGACGAUCUCUGGACUUUAACACGCGGGAUCUACGACGGAUUCUGUACUGCAGAAGGAGAGCUUAAAAACAAAAACUUUCUCGGGUUACGCAGAAACGCCUCUAACGUUUGCUGGCUUCAGACCUCAGAAGUUCAGAUGUGGGCGUGAAACACCUGUACACCUUUUCAGAAUCCAGCUUUCUAGCAGCAGUUCAUCAGACGCUCAUCACAUGCUGUCACACUGCUAAAGUCUCAAGAUGCCCUUGAGGACGUCGCUACUCCGUAAACCCACGUCUGGCCGCUGGCAGAGGAGGUUAUCGAACCGAAAGGAGGUUUUAUCGGUCAACAUGAUCAGUCUUCCUCUGGGUGAUUUCCGUCACCUCUCUCACAUCGGCACGGACGGACACACGGACAGUUUCGGCGACCUGUCGUUCCUGAAGGAAGGCCAAAGUCUCCUGCUCCAGAGCUCAAAGAGCGAGCAGAACCUGUUCCUCCCGCCGCCACCAAAGCCGCCCCGCGUCAACGUGGACGAAGUGGGCCGGUGCAGCCCAGUGUGGGAACACACGCCGGCCAACCAGAGGCAGAAGUGCAGCUCGCUUCCCCUCUUGGAUACGGAGGACAACGAAGACGCGUGUUCGCACGCCGAGCCCGGCGGGAUCAGCUGGAGUCCUACACGCGGCAGCCUGAGCUCCGGACGGGAUUCGACCCAAACCAACAUAGAGGAAACGCAGCCGGACCAAACGGACACAUCUUUUACAUUCAGUCUGGAUCUGGGACCGUCCAUACUGGACGCCGUGCUGCAAGUGAUGGAUCAAGACACUCAAUAGACGCGAGUCGUGAACUGUAUUUUUUGGCAGAACUGGAAUCCUAUUUGGAUUUUUUGUUUUAAUUAUUUAUUUAAACGAAAGCUUUUUACAUCCUGUCUAAUCAAACAAUCUUUUUAUUAAAGGCAAUGAAAACAAAUACAGUGAACGUAACCAUAUUAGAGCUGUGCAUGAAUAAUCAAAUAUUCAAUCUGCAAUAAUUAUUCAAAAAAUAAAAACACUAUUCGACAUGUGAAACAAUGCAAACAUGAUAACCAUAUGCAACCAUUUAUGUACAUGUUUUAUAGCCAUGUUUUUUUAAUUCGCUCUGCAUGAAAUGCUUUUUUUGGUUUGCACACAUUGUUAAAUGAUUUUUAAAUUAAGAAAAAAACUGGAUGUAAGUUUGUUAUGAAUAUAACCUGAUAAGCUUGCUCAAAAAUGGUGACAAUGUUUUUAUUAAAAAAAUAAUGUAAUCCUCAUUGAA